UGCCCCAGUCCUGGCCCAGCCUCAGGAGGAGCUGCAGCGGCUGCCCCAGCUCUGGGCUUUUAUCCACGGAUCCGGGACCCCACCCGCAGGCGCCAACUCCCACUCACGCCUGUUGCCCAGGAAAUGGCCCUGCUCCUCCUCCUCCUCGUCUUUGGGGGCUCCUGGCCCCCAGCGGUGAGCCCGGAGUCUGUGGCCUCCACGGCGUCCUUGGCCUCUUCGGUCUCUGAGACCCCACACCUCAAACCUGUGACCUCCUCCGAGUCGACAAGGGACCCAUCCGAGAAGGCUGAUGGCACCGGGGACCAGCUCCUACCUUCAUCUUCCUCAGCUCACUUUAGAGACCCUGAGGAGUCCCCUCUUGGGACUCCCACUGAUGGCACCAAUGGCACCCUGGGGCCUGGGCCCACAACCUCCCAGGAAAUUUCUAAUGAGAAGCCAUUAGUGCUCCCGGGAAUCUCUAAUGCAACCAGGGACCUUGCUGUCCUUGGGGCAGGUGGACCGAUGACAACCAGCUCUCUGGAGACCUCCAGUGACAGCAGUGACUCUCUUGUCUCCACGGAAAAAAUGCCUACGACAACCACCCCAAAGUCCCCCCAAAACACAAGUGUUAGGCCCUCCCCAAGUCCAGCUUCGGGAUGGAGUAGAGCCCCUGUCACCACUGCGGCUAGCUCUGGGGAGACCUCCAGUGGGACCAGUGGAACUCCCAUCACCACGGCAACUAGCUCUGUGGAGACCUCCAGUGGGACCAGUGGAACUCCCAUCACCAUGGCAACUAGCUCUGUGGAGACCUCCAGGGGGACCAGUGGAACUCCCAUCACCAUGGCAACUAGCUCUGUGGAGACCUCCAGGGGGACCAGCAGACCCUCUGUCACCAUGGAAACUAGUUCUGUGGAGACCUCCAGGGGGACCAGCAGACCCUCUGUCACCAUGGAAACUAGUUCUGUGGAGACCUCCAGGGGGACCAGCAGAACUCCCAUCGCCAUGGCAACCAGCUCUGUGUUGACCUCCAGGGGGACCAGUGGAACUCCCAUCGCCAUGGCAACUAGCUCUGUGUUGACCUCCAGGGGGACCAGUGGCUCCCGGGGCUCCGCAGAACAAAUUCCCACGAUGACUACCGAAGAGCCCUCUGGGAAUGCAAGCAUCCAAUCCAAGUCGGGGGGCCUGGUGCCGGUGGCUGUGCUGAUCGCCGUGCUGAUGGUCAUAGUGCUGGUGGCACUGCUCCUGCUGUGGCGCCGGAGGCAGAAGCACCGGACGGGGAUCCUGAUGCUGAACAGAAGUGGGGAGCGCAACGGGGUGGUGGAUGCCUGGGCUGGGCCAGCGCGGGUCGCCGACGAGGAGGCUGUGGUAGCAACAGCACAAGGGCCUGGUGGUGACAAGGCCUCGGGGGUCCCCAAGACGGAGGAGUCGGGCCGGCGGCCCACGCUCACCACUUUCUUCGGGAGACCGAAGUCUCGCCAGUGCUCCGUGGCGCUGGAGGAGCUCAGGUCCGGGCCAGGCCCUAGCCUCUCGGCGGAGGAGGAGCCGCUGGUGGGCAGCGAGGAAGGGGUUGAGGAUGCCCCCACUUCCAAUGGGCCGGAAGUGGGGCCUGGGGCUGCACCUCAGGGCUUGUGAAUACAGGAGCAGAGCCCAGAGCCCCGCCAGGCUCCCCCACCUUCCCUGCCACGGUCACUCCCAACCCCUUCCUGGCCCUGCCUUUUCUGUUCAGCUGCCCCCCAGAUUCUCAUCCUGCACCUGCACCCUCACUUGGAACCGUUCCCCCCCGCUUCUGCACCCUCCAGCCAGCCUCCGCGUUCAGCACCCCGGGGACUGCACGGCCCCAUCCCCUACCCCAGCCGCAUCGCCUUUCUUCCCAUCUUUCUUUGGAACCUGCUGCAAGGAACCCACCCCGAGCGCCCCCGUGAUUUGAGCCAGGAUUUCUCGGAAGACCCCUCAGGGAGUCUGGAGCCUGGGCAAUUGAAGACAGUGCCGGCUCACAGACUGCCGCCUCGGACGGGAUAUGGAAAGGUCAUGUGGCCCCGUGGUUAGGACAGUCCCGCCGGCUCAGCCCGUGACCCUCCUGGAGUCCUGGGCCCUGGUUCCUGGGCUGGGUGGGGCCGGGAGGGGCCGUGCAGCUGUGCCCCGAGCUGGGCCUGUCACCUUUCCCAGAUCAUGUGGACUCUGGACUGGCCCACGUCCCAGCCACCCCCAGCCACCGCCCACCCAAGGACUGGGGCAGCCGCAGAUGGCAGAUGCAAGCAUCGUAGCUGCUCCUCCCAAGGGCGGAGGGAGGGGGGUUUCUGGCCAGGUGUAGUUUUAAGCCCGGUGUGGGUCCAUUGGUGAGUGUGGUUGACGCGGGCUGACGAUUUUCCUCCUGUGGAGAGGAGUGGUGAGUCACGGCAGUGUCGGGGGAGGGGGCAGGAAGGGGUGCAGGCUGGGGGCCCCGGGACCGCUGAGAUGGUGUGUGUUCCUGUUUGUUGAGAGAGAGAGAGAGGGAGAGACAGAGAGAGGGAAACACAGCUCAGUCCGCAGCCCAGCGAGGAAUGCCAAGGUCCCUGCAAAGAUCAUGGGCGUGGCCCAAGUUGCAGGUGCCUGGGCUUGGCCACCCCACCGUACCCCUUCCUCGAAGGCUCCCUCGCUCCAGUGCACACUCGCGCCCACACCCACCCACCCGCACAGGCAGGGAGUCCGCCCAGUAGGGGGCAGUUCAGGGCUGUGAAACCACAGCCGCCCUCUUGCGAUGCUGAAUUCAAGCUCUGUCUAGGAGCUGAGCACUUCCCCUCCUCCAAGGGGAAUUAGAGAGAGAGAGAGUGAAAUCGGGAGAGGAGAGAGGCCGGGGUGCCAGACAGUUCCUCCAGGGGCCUGAGGUAUGGAGGAGAGAGGAGAGAAUGGGACCCGCCUGUGCCACCUCUGGGGGCAGCCCAGGCUACAGCCCGGGGUAGGGUGGGGGGAUCAGGCCAGCGGCCUUUGCUAUUUCCCUGGGGCCCAGAGGAGAUUUGCAAAGAGGAAGUUGUUGAGUCAGUGGAGUAGCUGAGAGCACCCAGCCUGACCUACAAAGACAGACCUGGAGCGCUGUGUGGGCCAGGCAGCCUGGGGUGGUGUGGGUGCUGACGAAAGCGGGAGUUAGAAGUGGGCAGAGGGCAGAAGGGGCAGCAGGUGGCCUCAGAGCCACCUGCCACCGCGUGGUGCCUUGGCUCUGGGAGAAAGGCUGGGCUGGGCUGCAAACUGGCCUCCUACCAGCCAGGGUGGGGACCUCCAGGGCCACAUUGGGCACCCCUUCCUCCUUCUCACGGGGUGCUGCUUUGUUUAGCCCAGGCAUAGCAGAAGUGAGCUGCAAAAGUCCCUCGGACCUACCGCAACUGCCGUCUGACGUCUGUCAAACCAAGUGCCCCAAUUUCAGCUUUAGAAGCUCCGGCCCCCUCCGUUGCCUUCCAUAGCCAUGCCACUGUCUAGCGCUGCUGGCUUCUGUGCCCACCCCACCCCCGGCAAAUCCUGGUGAGAGAGACGCCAGAAAAUACAAACAUCGUAAAUGCUAAAAUAGAGGCUCACACCAAAUUUCCCAAGUGUAUCCAAAGGAGGGCUCCUGGAAUUUGGGGGGGAGUGGGAUGGGGUGGGGGGGCUGGGGGGGUGUCGGUCACAGUCACUGCUAUGUUCCUGGUGGCCACUUGCCGCCCGGAAUUUAAUGUUCAAGUUCAUUUGAAUGAAUGGGCUAAGGAAUGAACGGAGGAGAUGACCUCUGGCAGAUUUUGCAGGCUGCGAAGGAUUUUGCCAGGAUAAGAUGGGGACCUGCCGUGCUGGCUGACAACUGUCUCCUCAAACGCCAGGGAAUGACUGGGGAAUGCUUACAAUACUGGGUUGAGAGGAAGCAAAAGCAAGUUAUUAAUUUGUAAAUACAUAGGAUUCUCGUCUGUCAGAAAAAUUCAAAAAGCUACAAGUAUAUGUUUAUAGAAAAAAAAAAACACCGAAGCGUUUGCUGUGGUUUUGUGUAAAGUGGGACAUUUAUGUGGGCUUGUCAUUUUGUUUAUACUUUUCUGUAUUUUCCAAGUUUAUACAAUAAAUGUUUAUUUCUUUGUGUGUG